AUGUUUGUAAACAUGGCCACGGGAGGAGCGGCCAGUUACUCUUCGUGCAGCGCCUCCGUCCUUGGACCGCAGGAUAACGGUGUGCAACCAGCCGACAAUGCUGUUCUUGAGUGCCGUCUUUGUGUGGAGGUCUUCCGAUGUCAAGGAGAUAAGGUCCCACGCCUGCUGUACUGUGGCCACACCUUGUGUCACCAAUGUCUCACACGUCUAACUCUCCAUGGAAGGGCUCUCCUCUGCCCUUUUGAUAGACAACCCACAGAAAUUGGAGACUCUGGAGUUUGGGGGUUAAAGAAAAAUUUUGCUCUUUUAGAAUUGUUAGAAAAAUUGCAAUAUUCACAGAAGAUCCCAUUGAAGAUAUUCUCUGAGGAAGCAUUAGCCAGGGAAAAAGAGCUUGCAAUUGCAUGUGAUGAAAAUGAAAUGCAUACAGCUGUAUUAUACUGUACAACAUGUGGCACCCACCUCUGCCUUGAGUGUUCAGACAUUACCCAUGCCACCCGGACUCUAGCACGACACAAGAGGGUGGCUUUGUCAGAGAAGCCACGUGAAAAUCCCAAAUGCAGUUACCACCCAAUGCACUUGGUAGAAUUCACUUGUCUGGAAGAUGAGUGUAAAAUGUCUCCUCUCAUGUGUUAUAUUUGCAAGGACUAUGGCCGACAUGUGAGACAUAAGCAUGCUUUACUAGAGACCGAGGCAGAAAGUGUACGUAGUUCAAUAAUCAGUGCUGUACAACAUAUUAAGUCAUUUGGGGAGGAAGUGUCUGAGUCAGCACACAAAUUGGCCUCUGUCAUUCAACAGAUAGAAGGGGGCAUGACUGUUGUACAGUCAGAUGGAGUUACUUCUACUCAACAGGUUCCUGGCACUGCUGAACAGGCGAGAUCAAAGAUCAAAGAAUAUUUCAAUGAACUUCAUCAAAAUUUAAAUCGACAAGAAUUAGCAGCACUGACCACUGUAGACACUCACAUUCGGGAGAAAUUGUGCAUGUUGCGUCAACAACAGGAAGAUAUGGCAAUUUUAUUAGGGCAGGUGUCCUCUGUGUGUCACCAGUGUGAGGUGACAUUACAACAGGAUGACACGAAAGUCGUCCUUGCCAAACAUGAAGUGAACAGUUUGCUGGAUACUAUCCAAAAACAACAACAACAAUUUUCAGAAUUACCUGACCAACUUCCUCUCGACCCUACCAUUCCAAUCACCUUCACACGGGACAAUCGUGUGCAUAUUGGUCCUAAGAUGGAGAUGCGAGUGGUAACUCUAGGCCUUGAUGACGCUGGCAAAACAAGCAUUCUCUUCAAAUUGAAACAGAAUGAAUUCAUUCAAACAAUUCCAACCAUUGGAUUCAAUGUUGAAACUGUGGAAUAUAAGAAUCUGAAAUUUACAAUUUGGGAUGUGGGUGGGCAACACAAAAUCAGGCCACUUUGGAAACAUUAUUAUUUCAAUACUCAAGCUGUGAUUUAUGUUGUGGAUAGCAGCAACAAAGAACGAUUGCAAGAAGCCUAUAAUGAACUGGCCAAAUUGGUCCAAGAAAAGGAACUGAGAGAAGCCUCACUUCUUAUUUUUGCCAACAAACAAGAUCUGGAGAUGUGUGUCAGCAUUGAAGAACUGACUGAACAAUUUUCUCUUUUUAAACUUUGCUGUAAUCGUAGCUGGCACAUCCAAGCGUGUGAUGCUAAAAGUGGGUACGGUCUACAUGAUGGCCUGGAAUGGCUCUCUCGGCAGAUGGUAGCAACAGGCUCCCCAGAGUUUAUCUAG